AUGGCGGUUCUGACUCAGGGACCUUUCUUACUCUAUGCCGGCCUGGCACUGGGCAUGGUUGCGAUUUCCUUCCUGACCUUGAAUCAACGCCAGAAGGAUGUAAUCUUCAGAAGAUUGAAAUUACGAGGUCGUCGAGCGUCAACUGCCAAUACGCCUCCACGAUCUGUCUCGCCUGACAAGAAAGAACCCAAAAACUCCCCACCGUCUUCCAGUGAAUAUGUGAACACCUUCCCACCUUUGACCAGGGAUCUCUUGGAGGUGGUUGCUGCCGAUCUACCUGCCAAUCAGCGUGAGGCUCUUGGUGGCCUCUCCUUCGAUAAAGAGAACUGGCACAGAUCCAUCAUGGGCUUUGAAGAAGAUUUCAGGACUUGUGAACCCGGCAAAUAUAACUUCACAGGUUAUUCAGUGAAAGAAAUUCGUGCAUUGGGCGACUUCCCAAAUUACUCGGCCCUCAGUGGAGUGCCUCUUCCGGAACCUUACCCUGAACAUGAUAUUCAGACUGCUCUUCCAAGACCAUAUCGCCCGUUUCGCUGGGCGUACCAUCAGACCAUGUCUCUGACCAAGAUGGAAACGGAUUGGUGGCUCGAGCUGGAAAACACAUACGUCAAACGAAUUGCUGAACGCAAACGCUUGUAUGCCGAGCACGGCGAGUCGGUGCUACAAAGCCUACCAGGAUCAGAACUAGCAUGCAAAGAGCUUAUGGAGAUGGUCAUCCAAUUUCUUUGUGCGCGAUAUCCCCAGUACUUCCAUCUGCACGACGACAAGAAAACAUUUGAAAACAAGAUUCUUGGAACCAAGCAGGACGUGUCUGCCAAACACCCUCUAUUGGUUAUCUUGGACAAUGUUCCCGAAGACUUUGCUAUUACACUACGCAAUCCUGAAACUGGCUACUACCAUUUCCGUGCGGGUGUGAUCUGCUCGGCUCUCGGGUGGAAUGUGGGCACCAAGAUCGGAAUGUCUUUGCCUCAGAUCCAUGCACCAAUCCCAGACUACAAGGAGAAAAUGCAAUUUAGCAUGGACAGAUUCUUCACCAAGAUGCCUCCACAAAAGCCAAUCCAGCGUGGCUCAUGGGGUCUCGAAGUCGAUCAGCCUUUAUACAUGCCCCCAGGCGAUCCACAUGAGAAGUAUCGCGACUUCCAAUCUCCAGACCUUGACCUGUCACGCGUCCAUCUCCGAGUUGACUGGCAAACCCUUCGCCGCCUGCCUCUCUCUGGUGGCAUCGUGUUCAAUUUCAAGGCUUUGUUCACCCCAAUCACAGAGUUCCGAGACGAGCCAUAUGUCCCAUCCCUGAUCCUCAAGGUGGUCAAGGAAGGUAAGGAGAACUUGAUGAAGUACAAGAACACAUGGCACGUCGAACACGUGACUGUUCCAGCACUCGAGCAAUACGAGCGAGAGCAGAAGGAGAAUGGUGUGAUAGAGAAGAACUGGACCGUGCAUACUCUCGAGGAGAGCCCCUACUUCCCUGGCUGGCAGGAAAAAUGGAUCAAGAAGCAAGGCUUCGCUGCCAAGGAGUACUCUGGUUGA